CGUCCGGUGGUAGCUGUGCGAGUGAAAUGCCCCCCUCCCUCCGCAGCGUAAACGGUCUGAUCCGCACGGGGGCGCGCUGGGGACUAGCGCCCUCCUGCGACAGGAGGGGGAAGCGCCGCUGCAGGCGCCGAGGCCGGAGGUGCGGGCAGGCGGGCUCAGGCCUAUGGACAUAUACUGAUGGGAGCCUGCUGACUGAGGACUUUAAGCAUACAGAUUACAACAGCCAGCUAUCUGCAAGGAAGUUGAGACCUGAGAAGAGGACUCCAGUGUCUCACAAAGUGAUUGAGAAAAGAAGGAGGGAUCGGAUCAAUCGCUGCCUCAAUGAAUUGGGGAAGACCGUGCCAAUGGCUUUGGCAAAGCAGAGCUCUGGGAAGUUAGAGAAAGCGGAGAUCCUGGAAAUGACUGUUCAGUAUCUGCGAGCCUUGCAUUCGGCAGAUUUCCCCCGUGGCAGAGACAAGGCAGAGCUUCUAGCUGAGUUCGCCAACUAUUUUCACUAUGGAUACCACGAGUGCAUGAAGAAUCUAGUCCAUUACCUGACCACAGUGGAACGGAUGGAGACCAAAGACACCAAAUAUGCUCGGAUCCUGGCUUUCCUGCAGUCCAAAGCUCGCUUUGUUACCGAACCUAUCUUCACCACUCUGGGAUCGCUCCCAGAACCGGACUUCUCCUACCAGCUUCACCCAGCUCCGGAGUGCCCUGCUCACAGUCCCAAUGAGUCUAUGUUUCAGCAGGGAGCCGGGGGUCCGUUUUCCUGGCAUGGUCCUGCCAGAAGCCCCACCAUCCCUUACCUUCCCAACGCAGCCAUGCCCCUCCCUAACCCCGGGCAGCAACGCAACACUUUCCUGUCGUCUGUACAGGGUCUGGACAGACACUAUCUCAACCUGAUCGGCCAUUCCCACCCCAGCACCUUCAGCCUGCCCCACGGCCAGCAUCCCCCUUCUGUGCUAUAGAGACUCGGCCUGCUGGCUGCAUAUUUAUAUCGGGGGAAGAGUAAAUUAUCCACAGGCGCAUACAUUCACCUAGUAAGCGCUAGUGUACAAAUGUAAAUACAUAUGAUUGUGAAGUUAUAGCUCGGAAUAAAUGA